UACUUGUUGUAGCGUAUACAUACCAUAGGUAUAUUUUCUUUCUACUUUGAUUAUAUGUAACAGAAAAAUGAACUAAAAGAAGAAAAGGACCUUGAAUAUAUUUAUUUUAGUUAUGGCUUAAACUUUAGAAAGAUAAUUCGUAAAUAUUUAGUUGGAUAACUAAAAAAUAUUGUUUUUUAUGUUGAAAUUUAUCGCUUUUUGAAUUUCAUUAAACAGUGUGUGCGGAAAAUGGUUUUAACUACAAUUGGCAAAUACUUUUCUAGUUUUUUAUUGUGAUUUCUACUUUUAAAAAUAGUUUAAACAAUUGUUAAAGUUCCUUUAAGUGUUAUAAUGGAAGUUUCUAAUGAAAUAAAGGAAGACAUUCGUAAAACACAGACCGAUUUAAAAAACGCAAUUCGUAUUCAUCAGAUAUGGGUUGCGCGUUUGCAGGAAGACGAAAAUAAUGCCAAUUUGAAAAAUAAAGUUAGUGAAGCUGAGAAAGAAAUAAUAGCUAUAGGUCAAGCUCAAAAAUUAGUAGUGGAUAGACUUCGCAGGGAAUUAGAAUUAUAUCAACAGCGUCUAAGGGCUAGAAAUAAGCAAGUUAGCAUAGAAAAUGACAACAGAUAUGUCGCUCAACAACUAAGAGAUCAUCAAGUGCAAUAUCGGAACAGAAAUCGCACUGUAUCUCUCUUAAAACCAUCAGUUUUAAAUGAAAUCCAGAUUAAAACAGAAAACAUUAAUAAUGAUGUUUCUGAUUCAGACAAUGAAAAUAAGUACUGUGAAAAGGAGAACACAAAUAAUAUUGAUAUUAGUGAGAAGGAUGUUUAUUCAAAAAAUGUAGCACAGUUGCAAAAUAUAGUUCAAGAUAGCAGAAGUAAUUUUGCAAUUGCAUUAAAUAAAGUAAAGGAGUCUUUUAUAGGAGGUAAAAUUCAGAAAGAUCACGAUGAGUUGCAGGAAAAUCAAUCAGAUUCUGACUCUUCCCUGGGAAUGGAUAUUUCUCCAACACCAUCUCCACCACCUCUCCCCGAACCUGGAGAACCUGUUCCUAAGGAGGUUUUUAUGAGACUCAUUGGCUUGGUUACGCUACAGCAAAAAGAUAUAAUAGAGAGAACGAGAAAUGAACGUCGCAAACGAUCCUCGAAUGACAAGAAUGAAUUUAUCUUUGGCAGUUACGACAUGAUGCCUAAAAGGAAAAAGUACAACCAAUAUCCAUAUUUGCAGUCACACAGCGAUCCGCCGCAAACACGUUCUGCAAAGUUACGAAAGCAACAGAGUCAAAAUAAAUUUUCACGAGAAGGUUCACCUUCGGGGUCAUCGUCAGAAAAUAAAGGAGGUUGGGGCAACAGCAAACCAGAUUGGGUCGCGUCCUUACCGGCGGGUCUAUCUGUAGAGCCAGUAUAUUCACCUACUAAGAAAGUUUGUCAUGGAUGUGGAAGAAAUGACGUGCCGUCGCUGCUGGUGUGGUGCGCGUGGUGCGUGCAGUGGCAGCACACGGGCUGCGGCGCGGGCGGGCGCUGCGCCGCGUGCGGGCGCGCGCUGCCCGAGCCGGCCGUGGGCGCCGCGCCGCACGCCGCCGCCGUGCACCUCUACGCGGAUAAACUUGCCGAAAGGAAAUGCUUGCAAGAAAAAAAUAUAAAACUUUGCGUGGAACUGCGGAAAUUGGAGGCGCGAGCAGCGACCUUAAAAGAGAAUUUGGAUGAACAUAAUGCAGAGAAACGCCAGUUGUUAGCAGACCAAAUAAAAACUCAGAGAAAUCUCCAGAAACUACUGGACUUUAUCAGUCAAUUCAAAGAAACGUCCAUCAGUAUCCGUUCAACGUCGGUGAGCGAGUCCGGCAGUGAAGUUAGUAAAAGUAAUGAAGAAUGAAAUUGUAAAAAUAAAUAAUUUUAGAGGUUUGUAUUCAUGAUGUAUAAUUUGUACAUAGAACGGUUUAAAUUAGUAGUUAAUUUUAUACAAAAUAAAUGUCGCUAGUGAUAAUUAAAUCAAACAGAUUUGCCAAUUUGUUGUCCAAAUAUUGAUUGGUCGAUUUGAAAAGAAAAUUGUUGUUACAUUACACAUUAUAAUAAUUCUUGUUGAUGUAAUAUAAGCUGUUGUCAAGGAAUGAGAAAAAAAGAAUUCCUAUCAAACAACAAUGGAUUUAUCUUUUAGUACAAAAGCAUAUUUUUUUUAAAUUAUCAGUCAUUUAAUAUUUUUUGAACAUUAUAAAUAAAAUAAAAAAUUGGCUGAAAUGGCACCGAUGUAACAAUCAAAUUUACAUCAAAUAAAAUCUUUACAAAAUACAUAUCAUAAUGAUUGUAAUUUCGAUAAAUGGAAAUAUUUAAUUAGUUUUUUUUUUAACUAUAUUUCUAAGCUUUACGUAUAGCUUUAUGCCAAGAAAAGAUUAAUAAAUAUCGACCAAGUUCACUUGCGCAUUAUUCGCGAAAAUAGCUUUGCAUUUUAUUAUAAUUAAUUAUCUUUUAUUUACUGGCAAUUGUAAUCAUUACAUAAAUAAAUCAGGUAAUAAUUUUUUGAUGUGUAAACGUCUUAGCGCUCGGUACACGUUAGGGGUUAACUGAGACUUUGAGCGUCAGACCGCAGACGAGUUAGCGUAAGAUUUCGAGCGUCAGAUGUCGUCAGCGUAAAAUUUGUAUAAGUGCGUUAAUGCGUGCGUGAGAUCGGUACGCGGUAGGUGCUCACUGAGACUGAGAGCUGACAUGUUUACACAUGAAUUCUUGUGGAGUACCUUGGCACUUACACCAUUUUUAUACAUAUAAAAUCAUUUGUCCUGAUUAACAGUAACAGCCUGUAAAUGUCCCACUACUGGGCUAAGGCCUCCUCUCCAUUUUUUGAGGAGAAGGUUUAGAGCUUAUUCCACCACGCUGCUCCAAUGCGGUUUGGUAGAAUACACAAGUGACAUAAUUUCAAUGAAAUUAGACACAUGCAGGUUUACUCACGAUGUUUUCCUUCACCGUCAAGCACGAGAUGAAUUAUAAUCACAAAUUAAGCACAUGAAAAUUCAGUGGUGCUUGCCCGGUUUGAACCCACGAUCAUCGGUUAAGAUUUACGCGUUCUAACCACUAAGCCAUCUCAGCUCAAUAAACUAGCGUAGGUCGGGGUCCUGAUUAAACUAGCGUAGAAUACUGAAAUUUGGAACGUAGGUUUUUUUUGUAUAACGUAAGCAUCUGCUAAGUAAAUAUUUUUGGUAAUUUAAACUUUAAGAGAGGAAAUUGAAAGGGUUAUUGUAAGGUAUUGUAUGAAUUUUAGCCCUAUGAAGUUGGGAGCUAGUUAAAAAUAAUAUUCAUAAUUGCUUUUGAAAGAAAUAAAAUAUUGUGUUUAUUAUAUUUAUAAAUCUUUUCUUUAUUGGCUAGAGCUAUUAAUUUCAUUUGUCAAAUAUUAGUCACAAUUUGAAAUAAAAAUUAAUUGAUUAAUUUUCAAUGAUUCACUUUGAUGUAAGUAUACAAUUUUAGUUGUCAUUUAUAAUUAUUUUUAUUUGUUUUAACUGUAAUUUAAAUAUUUUAAUGGAUUACUAAUCAAUUGAAUUUAAGCUCAGAUGACUGCAGCGAUUAAUUGAAAUCAGAUUUACAAGUUUCAACAUUUUAGUCAGAAUGCCAAAUGAAUAUAAUUAUAAAAGGGUAGGUAGCCCGUUAUGAUGAACUAUUAUUCAAUAAAAAUAGAAAAAGUUUGUCGUGAUUUUAUUUUAUUUCUGAAUAAACAAAUUCAAGUAAUUGGCUACUC